GGCGCUGCGCCCGGGCGGGAGGCGGCCGGGAGCGCACGGGCCGCGCAGCGGACAGCGCAGGAGCCGCGGCGAUGGCGGUGCAGGCUGCGCUGCUCAGCUCCCACCCCUUCAUCCCCUUCGGCUUCGGAGGCCCGGCCGACGGGCUGGUGAGCGCCUUCGGAAGUUUGGAUAAGGGCUGCUGUUUCGAGGACGAUGAGAGCGGCGGGUCCGCGGGGGCGCUGCUGUCGGGAUCGGAGGGCGGGGACGUGCGCGAGGCCACCCGCGACCUGCUCAGCUUCAUAGACUCGGCGUCCAGCAACAUCAAGCUGGCGCUGGACAAGCCAGGCAAGUCCAAGCGGAAGGUGAACCACCGCAAGUACCUGCAGAAGCAGAUCAAGCGCUGCAGCGGCCUCAUGGGCACCGCGCCUCCGCCACCGCCGUCCCCGAGCGCGCCAGACGCUCCAGCCAGGCGGCCGCCGGGACCCCCGGGAGCCCCGGCCGUCGCUGCCCCGGCGCACUGCAAGGCCGCCCCGCGGAGGGAGGCGACCCAGGCGGCGGCUGCCGCCAGCCUGCAGAGCCGGAGCCUGGCUGCCCUCUUCGACUCUCUGCGCCACGUCCCCGGGGGCGCAGAGACGGCAGGCGGAGCGGUGGCCGUGUCGGUCCCGGGCCUUGGGGCGGCGAGCUCUGCGGGCGACGGGGCAGGCACCGCGGGGAGCUUAGCGGGCCCCGGCACCAAGAAGGUCCCGCUGCGCGCUCGAAACCUGCCCCCGUCCUUCUUCACUGAGCCGUCCCGGGUGGGAGGCGGCGGAGGCGGAGGCGGAGGCGGCUGCGGCCCCUCGGGUCAAGGCGUGAGCCUUGGUGACCUGGAGAAAGGGGCGGAGGCCGUUGAGUUCUUUGAGCUGUUGGCGCCGGACUUCGGCGCCGGCAACGACGCGGGCGUCCUGCUGGCCUCGGACCCUCUCGACCCGUUCCCCGCCGGAGCCGCCGUCCUACGGGGACCCUUGGAGCUGGAGUCUGGCCCCUUUGAGCCGCCCGCUAUCGGGGGGAACCUACUCUAUCCGGAGCCCUGGAACGCUCCGAGCUGUCCUCAGACCAAGAAGCCUGCCCCGGCUGGCGUUCGCGGCGGCGUGACCUUGAACGAGCCUGUGCGCCUCCUGUACCCCACCGCUUUGGACAAUCCAGGUGGGGAGGACGCACCAGCCUUGGCAUCUUUCACCCCCUUCUUCCCAGAUUGUGCGCUGCCGCCGCCCCACCAGGUGUCCUAUGAUUACAGCCCGGGCUACAGCCGCGCAGUUUACCCCAGCCUCUGGAGACCCGACGGGGCCUGCUGGGAAGGGGCUUCUGGGGAAGAGGGGGCACACCCAGACUGACUGCGAGGUACCCUUCCCUUUCCUUAUGACUGCUGUGGGCUGCGUGCCACUGUGGGUCUCUCCUGAGGGGAGAGAACGAUGGGAGAACGCAAGUGACGACAAAAUGGGAUUUAAAAAAAAAACACAAAAAAACAAAACAAACAAACCCGCCAUUCAGUUAAUAAAAGAAACUUGGGGAAAAGAGGAGUUAUUUUAAUCACAGCCUCAGAUUUCCCCCACCCCCCUUUCCUUUCUUUGUAGGUGUCCCAUAGAUUCUUCCUUGGACCAGAAGAAACCCAAAAGCCCAAGAUAGGGUUUGGGGAAUAAUCGGGUAGGGCGAUGGAAGGAAGGGUCACGAGCAGGAUGGGGCUUUUGUAGCCACCUGUCUCCUCUCAGUUCAGCCAAGGUCAGUGUGUUCACUGUCAUCCCCCUUUAAACAGUGCCCUGGUGUCCUCUCCUGAGUGCAUUAUGAAUUAAAGCCUAUACUGAAAGAACUGGA